CAGACUACACCUCGCGAACUGGAAAAAAAUGAGUAACAGUGGAUAGUAAGCUUGUCUUGUCAAACGUUUUUCAGUAUUUUCAAUUUGAAACAGACAAGUUUAGAGCAUGAAAAUUAGUGGGCGCACUGCGAUAGUUACUGGAGGCUGCCAGGGUAUUGGCAGAGGAAUUGUUUACGCAUUAUUGCAAAAACAUGCAAAGGUUGCCAUCUUAGAUGUCAACGAUGUUGCUGGUAAAGAAUUAGAACAAAAGCUUAAAGAUGAAUUUGGGCAAGAUAUGGUAUAUUAUAGACACUGUGAUGUCUCAGACAAGUUUCAACUUAAAGAUGCAUUUCAUGAGGUGAAAUCUAAGUUUGAUGGGCUUCAUAUCUUGGUGAACAAUGCUGGAACAAAUAAUGACCCAGAUUAUAAUAUCACUGUAGAUGUAAAUCUGAAAGCAGUUAUAAGAGCUACAAUGCUUGCAAUUGACAUGAUGGACAAAAACAAAGGCAACCUUGGGGGUGAAAUUAUCAAUAUCUCUUCGAUGUCAGGAAUCAUACCUUUGUCAUUUGUUCCUGUAUAUUCUGCUACCAAAUCUGCAGUCAUCACAUUUACACGAUGUUUAAAAGCUGCAAAAACUUACAAAGGCAUUCAAGUGAAUUGUAUUUGCCCAACUUUUGUCAAGGACACAGAAAUAUUUUCCAUGGCAGAAGUGUCCCCACACUUACAGCGAGCUAUUGCUAAUACAGGCAUUGUCACGGUUUCCAUGGUAGCAAAUGCUGUCAUUCAAACAAUUGAAGAUGACUCCUUGGCAGGAAAUAUUGUAACUGUAACCUCUCAUGGCAUCAAAUUAUUCAAAUUCCCAAAAGCAAAAUUAUAAAUAUUUAAUAAUGAAAAGUUUUGUGCAAAAACUUUGGCACAGCUUUAAAUAAGUGCUAUUAUGUAUUUAACAUAAAAAAUGGAUGGAUAUGAACUUUAAUCUGCUUUAUUCAUCACCAUUUAAGUGGAUGUGUGAUGUUGUAAAUAAACAAAGGCAUUUUCCUUACAUUCACGAAGCAUAUCACCAGUACUGUCCGAACCAAUCCAAAAUGUUUUUAUUAAAAAGGGAAAACAAAAAAAAAA